UUUUAUUUUCCCGGAAAUUAAUAAUUGGCAUUUACGUAACAGAAAAAGUAGAAACCUGCGAAGCGAUCACACAGGAGAGAAAGAGAGAGAGAGUCCUGCAGGUUUAUGGUUUGAGGACUCUGCGAUCUAUUCCCAUUUUGUUAAUUUCUGGUUGUUUUAGUCCAAUUCAAAUUUUUUGAUCGGAUUGAUACGCACGUGAGUGUCGCCGGAAUUCUUUGUGAUCUCGCCGGAACACUUCACCGGUCGUCAUAUUCCGACCGUUCUAGGGUUAAAUUUGAAGCAAAUAUGGUGAAUUCUUUGGUCGAACGAGCCACGAGUUCCAUGCUCAUCGGUCCAGAUUGGGCUAUGAACGUCGAGAUCUGUGACAUGUGCAAUCGCGAUCCUGCUCAAUCAAAGGAUGUUGUGAAAGGCAUAAAAAGGCGCCUUGGAAGCAAGAAUCCAAAAGUUCAACUUCUCGCUUUGACUCUAUUGGAGACAAUUAUAAAGAAUUGUGGGGAUAUUGUCCAUAUGCAUGUAGCGGAGAAAGAUGUGCUUUAUGAGAUGGUGAAAAUAGUGAAGAAGAAGCCUGACUUUCAAGUCAAAGAGAAGAUAUUGAUUCUAAUUGAUACUUGGCAAGAAGCUUUUGGGGGACCAAGAGCAAGAUAUCCACAAUACUUUGCAGCAUAUCAGGAGUUGUUGCGUGCUGGGGCAGCAUUCCCUGAGAGAUCUGAAAGGUCUGCACCUGUAUUUACACCCCCACAGACACAGCCUCUGACAUCAUACCCACAAAAUCUUCGUACUCCAGAAAAUCAGCAAGAAGCGGCUGAAUCAUCUGCAGAGGCUGAUUUUCCAACUUUGAGUUUGACAGAAAUUCAGAAUGCACGGGGUAUUAUGGAUGUCCUUGCAGAAAUGCUGAGUGCAUUGGAUCCAGAGAACAAAGAGGGGCUUAGGCAGGAGGUUAUGGUUGACUUGGUGGAACAGUGUCGUACCUACAGGCAAAGAGUGGUACACCUUGUUAACUCCACUUCGGAUGAGUCACUGUUAUGUCAAGGACUUUUGCUGAAUGAUGACUUGCAGCGUCUACUAGCCAAGCAUGAAGCCAUUGCUUCUGGAACUUCUGGUCAAGCACCGAAGCCUGGACCUGGUCAAGCAGUGGUUGAUAUUAAUGCUCCUCUAAUUGAUACAGGAGACAGCAAAGAGCCUGAUGGCGGAUCCACAUCCAAUGCAGGUGCAGGGACACAGUUAUUGCUCCCUGCUCCUCCUGCAACUAAUGGUCCAGCAGCAAUUCCCACAAAAGUUGACGUUAAGAUGGACCUUCUGAGUGGAGAUGACUUCAGCUCACCUACGGCAGAGAAUCCUCUAGCUAUCGUUCAAGUGGGGGCACCCCAGCCUGCCAGUCCUAUGUCUCAGCAAAAUGCCCUUGUUCCUGUAGACAUGUUUUCGCAGAGUAACAAUGCUCAGUUUGCCUCUCCAGGUGGGCAAGCAUAUCAUUUGACGCCACAAUAUCAACAACAGCCGAACUCUCCAUCUCCACAACCCUUAGUUUACCAAAAUGGAAGUGUUCCAGGCAUGAUGUCGCCUCAGUAUGAGCAGUCAGUAUAUGCACAGGGUGGUAGUCCCGCUUGGAACGGCCAGAUAGCUCACCAGCAGCAGCCAGCUUCACCUCUCUAUGGUGCUCAAAGAAGUGGGUCACUACCCCCGCCACCCUGGGAAGCUCAGCCGGCAGAUAAUGGCCAACUAGCUGGGACUCAAUACCCUCAACCAAUGCAGGUCACUCAGGUGGUUGUGACACACUCGCAGCCAAUGCUGAACGGCACACAUCAUCAAGGAUCUCCCACUAUGGGGAAUGACCCAGUGGUAGGAAUGUAUAUUCAACCAGUCACAAACAACCAUCCGUCAGCUAUCAAUAACCAGGCUUAUCAGAGCAAUCAACUGGUGGGCUUGCCUCAGCAGUCAAUGGGUAUGUACCCGCAGCAAAUGCAAUCUGGCCAGAUGGCUUAUAUGAAUCCUCAGCAGCAGCAGAUGUAUAGCAACCAAAUGGCGGGUUACGGUUAUGGCUAUGGUCAGCAACAAAAUGCUCAGUUCCUGGAGCAGAGAAUGCAUGGGCUAUCCGUUGGGGGCAAUGGUGCCUUGGCGAAUUCUCCCUACCAGGCAUCUACUCCGUCCUACGUGUUACCGGGAAAGCCCUCAAAGCCAGAGGAUAAACUGUUUGGAGACCUUGUUGACAUUGCAAAAGUUAAGCCAAUAAAAACCACUCCUGGUAGAGCUGGUAGCAUGUAAUGUAAUGAUUGGUUUUGCAUUUUCAUCCUUGUAUUUUUUUUUUUUUUUUUCGUUUUUUUUCCUUCAACUAUUUUUUCUUAUUUCAAUUUUUUUUCACUAUACAUAUUCUUCACUUUAGCCCCAUUUUUUUUUUUUUGCUUGUUUUUGCAUUGAAAUAUGUACAUGCCUCGUAGAGGGGAAAAAAAGAGAGUAUUAUUGAAACACUCAUUUGAAAUGCAUUGAAUUUAUAGGAUAUCAAUUGCUUUCUGUUCAA